CUAAUAGUUACAGAAACGUACAAUUUUCAAAUUGUGGAGUGAUAUAUUUGACUAAUCAUGUAAUGUGUGUCUGUGUGCAUAUUUUUUAAAAUCUCACCAUGAAUACAAAAGACAAGUGUAACAAAUUAACUUGUACUUGUGAUAUCUGUCAAUGUUUCAAUAUUCAAUUGGACAAUGAACAACAACCACAACCACAACAACAGAACAACCGUCAACCGCUAGAAUUUUUCAAUACAGUGUAUAAACUUAACGACAGCGUAAAACUAUGGAAUCGAUUUGAAGGCAUUGUUAAAUACAUUGGUCAUAUUAAUUUCACGCAUGAUAUGACUACCGUGUUUCUUAUCGGUAUUGAAUUGAAUUCACACAUUCCUAAAAUCACGCUGAAUAAUUAUGAUUUAUAUUGUGAUCGAAUGAAGCGUAUACUUGUCCCACCAUCAUUCUGUACACGUCUACCUCCAGGAAAACGUGGUCAUCCACAGACAAAGGGAUUACAAAUGAAUCCAAGUUAUAAUUUGAUUAGAAAAAAUCGUCAGUUAUAUAAAACAAUGGAUCCAUUACUGUAUCGAAUGAUAUUUGAAACGCAUAAAGGCGGUGAUCAGAGUCGAUGAUACCCCCAAUCAGAAGCAGCAGAUGCGAACAAUCAGACGGACGCAGGAUAUAACGUGAAAUACAUACAAAUUAACAAUAUUAUCAUCUUAUCUGCUCUCAAACAUCUUUCUUUCUGAACAGCUGAGAGGAACAAUCUCACUUUCUGAAAUUCAUCUCAUGGAAAUGAAAUAGUUAUUAUAAUUAUCGGUAUAUAUUUGUUUAUUCUUGUCGAAAUUUUGAGUAUGUAUGGGUAGUAUGUUGUGAUAGUUAGUCAUAUUUGUUACAGAAAUAAAGUUUUAAUAAAAACUCCCCCUUAUGACUUUUUAUACUUGAUGGUAAACUUUCUCGUUUAACUCUCGUUCAUGAGUUUAAUUCAAUGGGUAGAAUUUGGAAUUCAUGGGCGAUUGGAUCGGGUCCCAUUGGCUGAAUCGUCCACAAGCUUUUCUUGUACAUCUACGAUGGUUAAUUGCAUCAAAGAUAUACUAAUAGACUUAACCGUAACUGACUUCAGUGACUACUGAGGGAUCGACUUGUUACCACUAGGGAAUAAUCUCGUUGACUUAGA